CUGGGAAAAAAACAGGGCUGAAGUCUUGCAACCCUUACAACAAAAGGACCACGUCGUUGUUUUGGGUGAUGGCAGAAUGGACUCCCCUGGUCAUUGUGCGCAGUUUUGCACUUACACCACCAUAGAGCAAGACUCCAGGGACAUUGUUUACAUCGUCUCUGUGGACAAGAGAGAAACUAACAGGAACUCUGUCAUCAUGGAGAGAGAAUGCUUUGUUCGCACAAUGGAGGCUCUUCUUCCAGAACUCAAAAUCAAAGAGGUGGUCACUGAUGCCCACCCACAAAUCACAGCAUUGCUGAAUCCAGAACGCGGAAAGUAUAAAGCAUGGGGGAUCCAACACUCCCUGGAUAUCUAGCAUGCAGCUAAAAGUCUCGGCAAGAGGCUUCGACGGGUUGGGACAACGAAAAACCAUUUUUGGUUCUGUAGUAAGCACGCCGAAACAGAGGAGCAGUUCAAGAUGAUGUGGUAUGGAGUGGUGCACCAUGUCUGCAAUAAACACACUUGGGCAAAUGGUAGCUGCCAGCAUGACCCGCUGGAGGAAGGCAGCCAGACUAAGCCUUGGAUCACACAAGGUUCAGCGGCACACCAGGCACUGGCUGGAGUUGUUUUUGACAAGAGAUGGUUGAGCCUGGUAAAAAAGUUCCUCAACUUCAGGACCACAUCUGACUUGGAGUCUUUCCAAAAUCACAUCCUCAUGUACUGUUCAAAGCGACAUGCCUACACACCAUUUGUCUACAGGACGAGGACACUGCUGGCUGCAAUUGACUACAACCUGCACAAUCGACGCCUUCCUGCACGGAACCGGGAUGGACAAAAAAUUUACAGACGGGCAUACAAUAAGAAGUCCAAGAUCUGGAGUGCCUACGUUAUGAAGGAGAAGAAGCAGUACACGUACAUCCCAGACAUUCAGAGGGCAAUUCUUGCAAGGCGGCUGGCAAGUGGCACAGGCCUUCCCCGCACAGUGACUCUGAGGCCUGCCGACCCAAGGCGCCUUGGUUUGCUAGCACCGGAACAGCCACCACCUACAGCAGAACUUGUCAGCAAACAUGUCUCUCGCGGGGACAUGGAGCACAGAGACACAGAGGACUGA